AUGGCCUGUGUUCACGCUGGAGCUCCAGAUCUAAGCCCACCAGGUCCUAGUCAGGAUGUUUACCGAGAAGAUUGCACUCAAUGCUUCGACUCUAUUGACGACGAGGCUGGUCUCAAUGUAUGCCUCCAUUGCUUCAACGGAGGCUGUGUCGGAGACAGAAAUCAUGCUCUCCUUCACUUCCAGCGCUACGGUCAUGCACUGGCCCUGAAUAUUCGACGGACUCCAAAGCAAGUGCAGGUGAGUAACUGCGCCCCUUCCAAUCCUCCCGUGAGGGUAUCGGAGUGGCAGGUUUUAAUUCAAAACUCCUUGAUCAAGCGUGAUGAACCUCCCCCCAAGAUGUCGAAACUUGCAAUUGCGGCCGAAACAGAUGAAGAUCGAUACAACGUUGAGACGUCUGUUGUUUGCUACGCCUGCCCUCUCGACAAUGUUGACAAGAGCACGGCAAAGCUUUCUACGGUGAUUGAUGGAGUCAUGAACGCUAUGUCAUUUACCAAGCGAGAGGAAGUCAAGGCUUGGGAGCAAGAAUUCGUGCCUUGCGAGCAUACAUUAUGCCUUGUCCAAGCGGAUGCUGGCGAUUUAGGAUCUAAGGACACCAGCCAGUGCUCGGCAUGCGAUUUGAGGGAAAACCUGUGGAUCUGCCUGGAGUGUGGUAAUAUUGCUUGUGGGCGGAACCAGCAUGGAGGGGCCCGAGGAAACUCACAUGCUCUUGCACAUGCUGAUGCUACUUCGCACGGUGUUGCUGUGAAGCUGGGAUCAAUCUCUGCGGAAGGGACCGCCGACAUUUAUUGUUACAAGUGCAACGAGGAACGAACAGACCCGGAGCUUGCCAAGCACCUUGCUCACUGGGGCAUCAACCUGGCCGGGCGCGAGAAGACGGAGAAGAGCUUGAUGGAGAUGCAGGUGGAGCACAACAUGCAGUGGGAGUUCUCAAUGACAUCCGAGGACGGCCGUGAGCUGACGCCUCUUUACGGCCCAGGUCUGACUGGGUUGGCCAACCUGGGAAACAGUUGCUAUCUUUCCAGUGUGAUGCAGUGUAUCUUCUCCACGCCAGCCUUCCAGAGUCGCUAUUACGAGCCUGAUGCAGAGCCGCCACUUUGUCAGGCACCAGCUCAGGACCUCGAAACUCAGUUGAGAAAACUUGCGGAUGGGCUACUCUCUGGUCGAUACUCCCGACCGGACCCAAGAGUCGCAAUGUCCAUGUCAAGCGCGGAUAGCACACCCUCUCAAAUCCACCAGAGAGGACUGCUGCCGGCCAUGUUUAAGCAUCUGAUUGGACAAGGACACCCUGAAUUCAAGACCAUGCGGCAGCAGGAUGCGUUUGAAUUCUUGUUGCAUCUCUUCAAGAACGUCAGUCUUUCGAAGCACACCGACGGCCGGGUCAACCCCGUGGAACAGUUCCGAUUCGAAGUUGAGCAUCGCCUGCAAUGUCUUUCCUGCAAAAAGGUUCGGUACAAGGUCGACGUGCAGGAUAACAUCUCAGUCGCAGUUCCCGCUCGCCGCGUCGCGGGCGAGCAGAACUCAUUCGAAGCAGUUCAAUUUUCUGAGUGCUUGGACAUCUUCACUGCCGAGGAAACAGUCGAAUUCACAUGUCCGUCGUGUCAGAGCUCGGCUGGUUUCUCGAAACAAACCAAGUUCAAAACUCUGCCUCAGGAGUUCGCCGUGAAUGCACGGCGCUUUGAGCUGGUCAACUGGGUUCCAACCAAGCUUGACAUUCCUGUUCUUGUCAGCGACGAGCCAAUUGACUUUGCUGCGUACUUGGCUGGUUCACAUGAUGCAAACGAGGAGCUGCUACCCGAACUUGAGGAAAGUGCUUCGUUUACUCCAAAUCCAGAGGUCAUGGACCAGCUUUUAGCCAUGGGAUUCCCAUCAACUCGGUGCGAGAAGGCUCUGCACGCCACUGGCAACUCUGAUCCGGAAGCCGCGAUGAAUUGGCUCUUCGCCCACAUGGAAGAUCCCGAUAUCGAUGAGCCAUUGGUUCUAGCUCAGACCUCCGGUUCGCAGAACGCUGGUGCACAGGAUGAGUCCAAGAUUGCUCAGUUGGGCGAAAUGGGCAUUGAACCUUCUCGCGCUCGGAAGGCUCUUGCUGCAACCGACGGUGACGUCGAGCGAGCCGUGGACUGGGUUUUCACGCAUCCCGACGAUGGAGAUGAGACGAUGGAAAGUGAGGGCAAUGCCGACGUGCCUCAGCAGGCAGGGCCAAUCGGAUAUGCAACGCUACCUGCUCGCUAUCAACUUCGGUCUAUUGUUUGUCACAAAGGAACGUCUGUUCAUGCAGGACACUACGUGGCGUUUAUCCGCAAGACACGGCCCGGUGAACAGUCCCUCUCGUGGGUUCUUUACAAUGAUGAAAAGGUGGUGGAGUGUGACAAGGUUGACGACAUGAAACAAACCGCCUAUCUUUACUUCUUGACCCGAGUCUAG